AUGUCGAGCCGCGGGCGGCGGGACCGGGAGUCCCGGGAGCCCCGGGAGCCACGCGGGGCCAGCACCGCCCGCGCCUCCUCCCGCAGCCGCCGCGACGCCGACGGAGAGCGCUCGCGGGGCCGGCGGGACUCGGAGCGGGAGCGCGCGCGGCGGGAGGCGGCAGAGGCGCUGCCUGUGGAUCUCGCGCGCGUCAAGCGAGAACCGGGCACCGGCACCGGCACCGGGAGCAGCGUCUGGGGGGGCUCCGGUACUGCCGGGCCCGCCGCGCCCGUGCGGGUGAAGAGGGAGCGGGAGCCGGAUGGAGACUCCGACCCUGAGCCCGAGCCCGCCGUGCGUUAUGGGCGCUUCGACCCCGAGGACCAGCGCAGCCGGCACUGCCCCUACCUGGACACCAUCAACAAGAGCGUGCUGGACUUCGACUUUGAGAAGCUCUGCUCCAUCUCCCUGUCCCACAUCAACGUCUACGCCUGCCUCGUCUGUGGGAAGUACUUCCAGGGCCGCGGGCUGAAGUCGCACGCCUACAUCCACAGCGUGCAGCUGAGCCACCACGUGUUCCUCAACCUGCACACGCUCAAGUUCUACUGCCUGCCCGACAACUACGAGAUCAUCGACUCCUCCCUCGAGGACAUCACGUACGUGCUGAAGCCCACGUUCACGGCCCAGCACAUCGCCCACCUGGACAAGCAGGCCAAGCUGUCGCGGGCCUACGACGGCACCACGUACCUGCCCGGCAUCGUGGGGCUCAACAACAUCAAGGCCAACGACUACGCCAACGCCGUGCUGCAGGCCCUGUCCAACGUGCCCCCCCUGAGGAAUUACUUCCUGGAGGAGGAGAACUACCGGCGCAUCCAGCGCCCGCCCGGGGACAUCAUGUUCCUGCUGGUGCAGCGCUUCGGGGAGCUCAUGAGGAAGCUCUGGAACCCGCGCAACUUCAAGGCGCACGUGUCCCCCCACGAGAUGCUGCAGGCCGUGGUGCUCUGCAGCAAGAAGAACUUCCAGAUCACCAAGCAGGGGGAUGGGGUGGAGUUCCUGUCCUGGUUCCUGAACGCGCUGCACGCCGCGCUGGGCGGCACCAAGAGGAAGAAGAAGACCAUCGUCACCGACGUGUUCCAGGGCUCCAUGCGCAUCUUCACCAAGAAGCUGCCACACCCCGACCUGCCUGCCGAGGAGAAGGCGCAGCUGCUGCAGAACAGCGAGUACCAGGAGCGCAUGGUGGAGUCCACGUUCCUGUACCUGACCCUGGACCUGCCCACGGCGCCGCUCUACAAGGACGAGAAGGAGCAGCUGAUCAUCCCCCAGGUGCCCCUGUUCAGCAUCCUGGCCAAGUUCAACGGCAGCACCGAGAAGGAGUACAAGACCUACAAGGAGAACUUCCUGAAGCGCUUCCAGCUGACGCGCCUGCCGCCCUACCUCAUCUUCUGCAUCAAGCGCUUCACCAAGAACAACUUCUUCGUGGAGAAGAACCCCACCAUCGUCAACUUCCCCAUCACGAACGUGGACCUGCGCGAGUACCUGUCCGAGGAGGUGCAGGCCGCGCACUCGCACACCACCUACGACCUCAUCGCCAACAUCGUGCACGACGGGAAGCCCUCGGAGGGCUCCUACCGCAUCCACGUCCUGCACCACGGCACCGGCAAGUGGUACGAGCUGCAGGACCUGCAGGUGACCGACAUCCUGCCCCAGAUGAUCACCCUGUCCGAGGCCUACAUCCAGAUCUGGAAGCGACGCGAGGAGGACGAGACGAAUCAACAGCAAGGAGCCUGAGAGCCUUGGGGACACCCAGAACCCCCCUGGGGACACCUAAAACCCCCUUGGGGACACCCAGAACCCCAUUGAGGACACCCAGAAACCCCCUGGGGACACCCAGAACCCCAUUGAGGACACCCAGAACCCCAUUGAGGACACCCAGAAACCCCCUUGGGGACACCCAAAACCCCCUUGGGGACACCUAAAACUCCCCUAGGGACAUCCCCAGUCUCCCUUGCAAGUGUGUGCAUCCCAGUAAAUGCCACCCGUUAUUUUUGUAA